AUGCCUGGUUCAGGUCGAAAAAACUAUGGCUGUUUCAACUGCCCAAGAAGAGUACGACAGAAGGACAGGCAUAGUAUAUCAUCCAAAAACAGAUCCAUCAUUGCCAAACUGACAGGGAGGACACCAUCUGAUAGUGAUUUUCUGUGCAACAAAUGUCGAUGCAUGUGCCAUUAUCAUGCAAAGCAGAGGAAAACCUCCAAGUUAGCCAGGGCACAGAUUCAAAACAGGCAAACACCAGAAUCUACAUCAGAAGUUAAGGCACCUCCAUUCAGUCCGCCAUCCGUCUUACUUCCUUUUCCCAGUACUUCAAGAGGACACGCUUCGUGCUGCAUCUGCAAGCGCCCUGGUCCAAAGUUAGUUGUGAUCCCAGUAGAAGUAAGACAUCAGCUCUUCAUUUCAAGGGAGAUCAUCAUCCCUUCUGGAGCUCGCUGCUGUCCAAACCACCUACAACAAAAGAUUGAAGAACUCAACCCUGUAACAGAAACCACCAUGUUUAACAAAACAGGGAUUACCAAACUUAUCAAGUUUUUGCGGAUGGAAGUUCUGAAAAAAGACAAAACUAGACUUGAUUUUGACAGCAGUGAGAGCCUUAAUACAACUGAGUAUCAAAAUCUGCUGGGAAUAACAAAAGCUGCCUUUGAGGACUUGCUUACAUAUGUUGAGGGGAAAAUAAAGUUAACUCCUGUCAGAACAGUGAGAACCAGCUUGGCCAUUUUCUUAAUGAAAUUAAAAGGCGGGGAAUCUAACAAAAUUCUAUCUACAUUGUUUAACAUUUCAAAAUCCAGCAUACACAGAGCAGUUACGUCAGUGAGGACAGCACUGAUGAAUGGAGGAUUUGUCCGAGAAAAUCUUGGAUUUGGACAUGUCACCAGAGAAGAGGUUAUUCAAGAACACACUCGACCUCUGGCACAAACUAUUCUUGGUGAUGCUGUGUCCCAACAGGCAAUACUUGUCCUUGAUGGAACUUAUAUUUACAUCAACAAAAGUGGAAAUUUUAGGUUCCAGAGACAAUCUUUCAGUCUCCACAAGGGAAGGCCGCUUGUGAAACCGAUGAUCAUUGUAUCAACAACCGGUUAUUUUGUUUCAGUGUUAGGCCCCUACAUUGCCAGGAACAAUGAUGCCACUAUAUUGAACCAAAUAAUGCACUGCAACAUUGAAGAUAUUAGAAAUUGGGUAAAGGAGGAGGAUAUAUUUGUGGUCGAUCGUAGGUUUAGGGAUUCUCUUGAUUACCUAGAAGAGAUCGGGAUCAAGGCCAAAAUGCCAUCAUUCCUAGCCAAAGGAGACAAACAAAUGUCAACAGAAAAUGCUAACACCAGUCGAUUGGUGACGAAGAUACGGUGGGUUGUGGAGUCAGCCAAUGCCAGAAUCAAGCAAUGGCAUUAUCUAGGGCACAUUCUACCCUCUAGCCAAAUACCUUACAUAGGAGACUUUGUCAGGAUUGUAUGUGCCAUUAGCAAUAAAUACCUUAAACCUCUGGCUUCUGGUGACACUGAGGAGGAUCAGGCUCUUGGUGCAAAGAUGGUUUUUUUAUCCAAGCAGGUGAAUACCCUUCAACAACAUGUAGAGGACAAUCAUCUUGACCGACGCUCUGUCUGUUGGAGUGAGAUCAACGAUCUGCCUGACUUCCCCCACCUGGACAAGGAUCAACUCAGAUCCCUCACUUGUGGAGUAUACCAGCUUCGUCUAUCCCCAUGCUAUGCGAAGGAGCAUCUUGACGGCGACUGCAGUAUCCAAGUACACAGAGAGGAGCCAGGCCUUCUACGUGUCAAACUACAAAGUAGACAUGUAUCAGCAAGAAGCUACUUGUUGUGGAUUCAGUUUGAUGCCGGUAACAUCAAGGCGUGGUACUGUAAGUGCAGGGCUGGGGCUCGUGUUGUGGGUAUGUGCUCACAUGUUGCUGCAAUCCUAUGGUACUUAGGAUAUGCUCGCCAUCACAAGGAUGAGAGACUGGGUGUGCGUGACUGGGGGGAGUUUGUCGAGGAUGCCACAUUGGUGGAUAUCUCUGAUAGUUCUAGUGACAGUGAUGAACCAGAGGAGUAA